CAAUCUGCAGGGCAGGUCACCUCCACUGUUGAUUCUACCCAGAGGACAUGAACAUUUUUAGUUCCCCAGGAAUGUCCGUCAGCCCACACAGGAGCCAGCUGCCUCUGAGAUGAGGUCGCUGGAUUAAAACAAACACCAGGUUUGCUAUAUAAGGACCAGAGGGCCCCUGGGCACCACCUUACCAGGAAUCCCAGGUAGGCUCAUUCCUCUUUAUGUCUGUGUGUGCUUACAGGUCUGCCUUACUGUGUGCCCGCUGGCCAUCUGCUUAACCUCUCUGGGCUCAGCAGACCCAUUUUCACAAAGGGGAGAAGGACAACCAAGGUCAAAGGUCAAGGUCAGCUCAGGGACAGCGCUCUAUUUAAAAGCUGCCUCAAUCCCAGGCUGUCCCCUGGAGAUCCUGCUGAUUCAGCUUCAUCAUCAGGGACUGGGACGACCAGCACUGGGGUGGACACCCCAAGUGUUUGCCACACCAAGAUUCACAGAACCUUUAUUUCUCCCCAACCUUAAAGAGGGAGACCCUCCCUACUUCACAGUCACCACUCAGGUCUUUGAGUCCCCUCACCUGUCCGCUGGGCUCCUUCCCAAACAAUUCUGAGGCACAUCAAGKGGAUGAGACAGGCAACCUGGAAACCCUCUCUCCCUCAGGGCUACCUGAAGCCAUGUUCUCUGCGGGGACCAUCUGCAGCCUGCUGCUCCUCAGUGUGCUCUGGGUGGACGUGGCCAUGGCAGGCUCCAGCUUCCUGAGCCCCGAACAUCAGAAAGCCUAGCAAAGAAAGGAGUCCAAGAAGCCACCAGCCAAACUGCAGCCCAGAGCUAUCGAUGGCUGGCUCCACCAAGAGGACACAGACCAGGCGGAUGGCGCAGAGGACGAGCUGGAGAUCCGGUUCAAUGCUCCCUUUGACAUGGCAAUCAAGCUGUUUGGGGCUCAGUACCAGCAGCACAGCCGGGCCCUGAGGAAGUUUCUUCAGGACAUCCUUUGGGAAGAAGCCAAAGCUUCCCCAAAUCCCUGCAGGAAGCAGCCAGGCUGGUCCUGAAGAGCCACACGGAGCAGG